AUGUCAGAAAAGACUCAGAAAGACAUCUUCACGCUCUUCGACAGACAAGCCAGAGGCAAAAUCUCCAAACAGCAACUAGGAGACUACUUGCGCGCCAUCGGAUUCAACCCUACAAAUGCUCUGGUCGAAGAAAUCGGGGCUGACGCGCCCGACGCGUUGACGCUCGAUGAAACAACGGCACUCGUCUCCAGUCAUCGUGAUGCCUUGGACAAAACCACUCAGGGCAAGGUCGAGGACUUCAUCAAGGCUUUCCAAGUGUUUGACAAAGAAAACAAGGGCAAGGUCUCCGUAGGCGACAUUCGCUACAUGCUGACGGGUUUGGGGGAGCGCCUGUCUGACGCAGAAGUCGACGAAUUGCUCAAAGGUGUUGAGGUGGACGCCGAGGGUGGCGUCGACUACCGUAAGUUCAUUGAAGAUAUUCUAAGGCAAUAA